GAGGCGGCUGUGCUGCUUCGGCGACCGGGCGGCGGCGGUAGCGGCGGCGGCUGUGGCGAGGAAGGAGGCUGUGGCGGUGACGGCGGCGGACACAGACGCUGCGCUCCGGGAGCAGCAACGGGGUCGGCGGCCGCUCGCACCGCUGCGGAGGGGCCGGCCGGUAGUGGAGCGGAGCAGCUGCGCCACGGGUGGCAUUGUGUGUCCCAGGGUGCAGGAGCAAGUCCCAGAAGAGAGGCGAGGCUGAGGCCAGAGCGCUGGGUUGUUUCAGCAGGGAAGAACUCCCUUCCCCCCUGCUUCAGGCUGCUGAGCACUGAGCCUCGCUCAGAAUGGAAGCCAUCGCCAAAUAUGACUUCAAAGCUACUGCAGACGAUGAGCUGAGCUUCAAAAGGGGGGACAUCCUCAAGGUUUUGAAUGAAGAAUGUGAUCAGAACUGGUACAAGGCAGAGCUCAAUGGGAAAGAUGGUUUCAUUCCCAAGAACUACAUAGAAAUGAAACCACAUCCGUGGUUUUUUGGCAAAAUCCCCAGAGCAAAGGCAGAAGAAAUGCUUAGCAAACAGCGGCAUGAUGGGGCCUUUCUUAUCCGAGAGAGCGAGAGUGCUCCUGGGGAUUUCUCCCUCUCUGUCAAGUUUGGAAAUGAUGUGCAGCACUUCAAGGUGCUCCGAGAUGGGGCCGGAAAGUAUUUCCUCUGGGUGGUAAAGUUCAAUUCCUUGAAUGAGCUGGUAGAUUAUCACAGAUCUACAUCUGUCUCCAGAAACCAGCAGAUAUUCCUCCGGGACAUAGAACAGGUGCCCCAGCAACCUACAUACGUCCAGGCCCUCUUUGACUUUGAUCCCCAGGAGGAUGGAGAGCUAGGAUUCCGUCGGGGAGACUUUAUCCACGUCAUGGAUAAUUCAGACCCCAACUGGUGGAAAGGGGCCUGCCACGGGCAGACCGGCAUGUUUCCCCGCAACUAUGUCACCCCUGUGAACCGGAACGUCUAAGAACCAAGAAGAGAUUAUUUAAAGAAAGUGAAAAUUUUACACCUACAAAAGAAGUAAAACCUACAAGCUGCCUCUGACAGCAGCCUGAGAGGGAGCUCAGAACACCUGGCGGGUCACCAUGGUGAUCCUUUCAACUUUGGUUGGAACUUUGGGGGGUGGGAAGGGGAGUUGGAUAUAAAAAUGCCAAAACUUACCUAUAAAUUAAGUAAAGAGUUUUUAUUACAAAUUUUCACCCCUCCUAUUUCCCCUUUUGUCCUGUUUUUUUUUUUUCAUCCUUUUUCUCUUCUGUCUCUCAGUGCAUGACUUUUAAUGCCACGUAUAGACCUAGCUGAUGCCAAUAAUAAAAGAAAAGAAACCAAGUGGGCUGGUAUUUUCUCUAUGCAAAAAUGUCUGUUUUAGUUGGAAAGGCUGAAAGAACAACCGUUUCUGUGUUCUUCAUAUAAACACAAAAAGGACAGGGCCGGGGAGCGGAGCCUUGUUUAGCUUCUGCUGGAGGAGGGGAGGCCUGUAGGGCUCUGCUGUCAGCGUUGGAAACAAGAGUGCUACUGUCACAUGACUUCCUGAGAGUCCAUCUCAACCCCUGCAUCUCUUUUCCACCUUGUUUCCCCUCCCAAAUGGUAUUAUCAAGCAUGUUGGUCUUUCAUAGUGCCUUUUUUCUUAUUUCAAAGGUUGCUUGUGUGUGGUGUUUUUAAUUUGUUUUGGUUUCAAGUUAAAGACAGUCCAGAGCUUUUUGGCCAAUUUGUCUCCUGCUCUGUGUAAAUAUUUUUCCCUCGAGGGAGGGGAAACAGGGUAGAGAAGAGGAGACAGUACAAGUGGCGAGUGAGGCCACCCUCCUGCCUGCUCUAAGCCAGAAGUUGGAAAGGGUCAGCUUUAAGGUCUGUGGCCCUUCCAGCGAAGCGAGGGAGCUGUGUGUGCGGCUGCAGUGUGCAGGCUGCCUGGAGCAGGCCAAGCGGGGACGGCUCUUCCCACAUCUGGCUGGAUCUGGCUGAACCAGGGAUCAGAACCCUGGACCUCAAGGUCUCAGGUGUUGCCCGCUCCCUUCUUUGUCACCGUGAUGCCCAGAUGCAAAUCCCUGGAACCAGUGGGUUUGUAAACACAGGAGAGCCAGAAGAGAAAAUAUUGUUUUAAAGGGUUAUACUGUGUUCUUACGCUGGAGAAGAAUUGAGAGUAUUCACUUUUCAUUUUUCUUAAUCUUAAAACUAGAGGUAUCUGCUCAUGGCUUUCAGCUCUUGGGUGCCCCUAACCUACUCACGUGGGCAUUCAAUCAGUGUUCUAGAAGCAGCUGGACUGUUCUCCACGUCUCUGUGCACGGUGGGCUGUUUACAGCUGCUCCAGCCGCCCCUAAAAAGGGGAUGUCUCUAUCAAGCAGGGGGAGUCCGGGGAGGAGAAGUUGAAGGCUGGACAUCUCGGGGAGGCUAAGUUCAUUGCAAAGCUCUGUCCUCUAGCAGCAGCUUUUCCUUGUAGUCCUAUGACUGUAAACUCUCCACCCAGUCCCCUUCCCACAAAGCCUGCUGACAUUUCUCUCCCCUGGAGCCGGUGAGAGCCUCUGGAUUGGGAGGUGGUGGGCUUCUCCUCCGGACGUGGGUGUGGAGGUGGACUUGGCGGCAGCUCCUCCUGUCGAGCCCCUGGCAGCCUCCACUCCCUCUGCCUCUGCUUCUCUCCUCGCUGAUGAUAAAAGGAAUCUGGCAUUCUACACCUGGACCAUUUGAUUGUUUUAUUUUGGAAUUGGUGUAUAUCAUGAAGCCUUGCUGAACUAAGUUUUGUGUGUAUAUAUUUAAAAAAAAAAAUCAGUGUUUAAAUGAAAAGACCUAUGUACUUAAUCCUUUAACUCUGCGGAUAGCAUUUGGUAGGUAGUGAUUAACUGUGAAUAAUAAACAUACAAUGAAUUCUUUGUUCUGUAUUUUUACUGUUUUCCCCUUGCCUUACUUAAAAUAAAAACUUAAAACUAUGUAAGAUUUCAGAUCAGGAA